AUGAAGAAGGGGCAAAUUGAGGAAAUUGAUGGUAAAAUAAGGAUGCACAUUUAUGCGUUGAAUAAAAAGCUAUCAAUUUACAAACAACGCGAGUUCUCUUGCAAAAUAUCUUCAAUGGCAUCAUCUACUUUAAGUCUUUAUGAAGUCUGCAAGCCGAGCUGGCUUCAAAGAUUUUCAUUUGAAAAAGGGAGUCAAAAUAUUGGAAACUAA